AAGCAUCUUGGUCGCCAUCUCAGGGCAUUUCGCAACACGAGCGCAUGAUUACGUCUCCUGAGUUCCUGAGAAUGUGAAAACGUCAAACCCUUUGAAGUAUUAUUUCCUAUUUUGGACCUGAUGGUUGGAGCCCUCUUGUCCAGCCGCACUCCAACCACUCAGUUACCACUUGGCGGUUAUAUCUGUGGCCCUAUUAACAGUUUUUAUCGAUGCAAUCAGUCCUAUUCAAAGCAAUCAUUUUUUUCAGGAUAGUCGAACAAGGAAACAUCCUGUGCUUUUGGGUUGUGGCGCUAGAAUUCGGGUCAUGUAUGAUAGCGCUCUAUUGUUCUGAUCUAUAUCUGUCAGGUACCGCAGACCUCAAAAAUUUCGAUCACUUAUACACUCACACCGGCCCAGUUCCUAAUCACCAUUGGGUGACCUUAAAAAACAAUGACAGCGUGCCGUAACCGGAUAGAUCCCCUGGAAUUCUUGGGCGUGGCCAGCAGCGCUGGUUUACAUCUCUCUCUUUCUGAUACUCUCUCAAUUUUGGACGCAGCUGCUAUACAUUCCUUGGGCGUUGAUUCUUUUGGUCUUUAUAUAUCAAGUUAUCUGUCGCUCAAGUUCCAGUGCCGUGCGCCGUCUCGGACACUCAUUAGUUCCAGUAUUUUGAAGGCUCAGCAAGGCUAUUCAAAAGGUCUACGAACAAUAACUCUUACUGCAUAACGCAGAACGCCACUCUUUAUUUUUUCACCCUUUCUUCUUACCUUGGGAACCAUGACUACCCCCUUCACACUUCCGCCGAACACAAAGUUCGAUAGCACUCUAGGAGCAUUGUUAGUUGGGCUCGCAGUGUCAGCCGUAGCCUAUGGUGUAUUCAGUGUCCAAGUUUAUACCUACUACCGACGUUACCCGUCAGACAAAGCUUUCUAUAAAACUAUUGUGGUUCUCAUUUGGAUACUGGAAACAGCGGACGAAGCUUUCAUCGGUCAUUGCGUCUAUUACUAUCUUGUAACCAAUUUUGUUGAUCCGAGCGUGCUUUUUACCGCGAAACCCGUAUGGACGCUCGUACUGCAAGUAGCAUUUGGCGCUCUAGUCGGAUGUAUCGUCAAAGUGUGUUUUGCUCUGAGAGUCUGGAGAUUUAGUUACCGGAAUUGGUUCCUAACUGGUUCACUGGUAUUGUUAACCUUAGCUCAAAUGGGCCUUGCCAUUGCAUACACUAUUCGAGGUUUCCAGAUAACUACUUUACUUGACCUCACUGGCCUUCGCGUAGUUGGUAGUCUUGCACUUGGAUUUGGAGUGGCUACCGACAUGUCUAUUGCGGCUGCGCUAUGCUAUUACCUCCAGGGAAUGCGAAGUGGCUACUCGGGCUCUGAUUCUUUGGUUAAUACUUUGACGAUCUACGCUGUCAAUACUGGCGUUCUAACAAGCGCAUGCAGUAUCGUUACUCUCAUCCUGUACGAUUGCAUGACAGAUAACUUCAUCUUCAUGUGUUUCUACUUCGUGCUCAGUAAAUUGUAUGCUAUAUCAUUCAUGGCGACGAUGAACACUCGCAAGGCUAUUCGAGGCAGAGGCACUGAUCGUGAGGAAGGCAAAAGCACGUCCUUUAUAAUGGUAUCCGAAGCAGCACAUCGCCAUGGAUCUGUCCGCAUGCCUGCUGCUCCGCCACAGAGUCGCCGGAAGGUCAACAGUGUACAUUCAGACUACUCACCAUCAGCAUCAGGACAUUAUACUGAUGGUUGGUAAUACUCGACGUAGAACCAUGGUCCUCUAUAUUUGACUUGGUCAUAUCAGUGCCGCGCUGUGCUUUCCACAAAAUCUUGGUUUACCUUUGGAACCGCUGUUUUACUCUCCGCUUUCGCUUCUCAAUAAUAGAUGCAACAUCGUUUUGCCUCAUUCAUUUUUGCGGUGGUUUAUUAAACAUUUUAUCCAAGGCAGGACCUGCAUACUUAUCACUUGAAACAGCAAACUUAAAACUUGCUACCCUAACCUUGCCAGAGAUAGGAAGAAGUGGAAAUGAGCUUGUAUUACUAUCUGUACUCCUUUUGUACAUACUAUAUGUUCUUUUGUGGUUUUUGCUCAAUUUUAAUGCCGUUUUAUCUGUUCGACGGCGUUGUGGGCGCAAAUG